AUGGCUAUUGCGAAAGAACUAGGACAGGAUACUCCCUUUACUCACUUAUCUGGGUCUGAAAUAUUUAGUUUGGAGAUGUGCAAAACUGAGGCCCUCACCCAGGCAUUCAGACGCUCCAUUGCCGUCCGCAUCAAAGAAGAAGCAGAAAUCAUAGAAGGAGGCAAGCAGCAACUGCAGCAGCAGCAGCAGCAGCAGCAGAAGCAGCAGAAGCAGCAGAAGCAGCAGGAGCAGGAACUGCAGCAAGAGCAGCAACAGCUGCAGCAGCAGCAGCAGCAGGAGCAGGAAUAG